AUGCCGGGAAAGAUCCUGCCAACGCUGACCCAAGCCGAGGUCGAGUCGCAUGACAACGCCAAAUCUUGCUAUGUCACCAUCGGCUCGAAAGUCUACGAUGUUACCUCGUUCGUCGACGACCACCCCGGUGGAGGCGAUUUGAUUCUCGAGUAUGCGGGCAAGGACGUGGGUGAAAUUAUGGGCGAUGUGGUAUCUCACGAGCAUUCCGAGGCGGCCUACGAAAUCCUGGACGACAGCUUGGUCGGCUUCCUUGGCACUGAUUCGACGACAAAGGCGAGUGCGAAUGGAGCUGCAAGUGCGGAGGAACAAGCACGGGCUGUCUAUGAGAGCACGGGUAUGGCGACUGAGGAGGAUUUGUCUGUUGAGACGGAUAUCGUCCAAGAUUACCAGAAGCACAAAUUCCUUGAUCUCAACAAGCCUUUGCUUAUGCAGCUGUGGACCAGCGGCUUCAGCAAGCAGUUCUAUCUUGAGCAGAUCCAUCGUCCGCGUCACUACAAGGGUGGUGAAUCCGCACCGCUCUUUGGCAACUUCUUGGAACCUCUCAGCAAGACGGCGUGGUAUGUCGUUCCGAUAAUCUGGCUUCCGUGUAUCGCCUACGGUACAACCGUGGGUUUUUCGGGUAUGUCCAGUGUGUCCGCUGCUGCUGGCUACUGGGUUUUUGGGCUCUUCUUCUGGACUUUGAUUGAAUACGUGAUGCACCGGUUCCUGUUUCAUAUCGAUACUCUUCUUCCUGACAACCGAGUCGGUAUUACUCUACACUUCCUCCUCCACGGUAUCCACCACUACCUGCCGAUGGACAAAUACCGACUUGUGAUGCCACCAACUCUAUUCGUCCUUCUCGCCGCGCCAUUCUGGAAAUUCGCGCACGCUGUGAUCUUCUAUGACUGGCACGCCGCUGUGCUGGCGUACUGUGGUGGCGUUUUCGGAUACGUAUGCUAUGACAUGACGCACUACUUCCUCCACCACCGGAACCUUCCAUCGUACUAUAAGCAGCUCAAGAAGUAUCACCUCCAGCAUCACUUUGCCGACUUCGACAACGGUUUUGGUGUCACCAGCCGCUUCUGGGACGUCGUUUUCGGUACUGAGCUCGAGACUCCAGCGCCGACCAAGAUUGUCAAGACCCAAUAA